UUUAACGAGCAGACGAUUUUCUUCUCCAGACAGGAACGUUGGAGUUGUGUUCUACUGUGGCUGCUCCCGAUCACAGAUCGGGUUAAAGGAAAAUGGAGUUACUCCGGCUAGUGGUGUUUGUAAUCGUGCUUUGUGCAGUGAUCGGAAAUACAUGGGCUCAAAACAGAGGCAGUGUGAGAUACGUUCCACCUGAGGAAUACGAUGGGGAAAGCAGACGAGCUCAGCAUCCUCCACCCACCAGAGGAAGUUCCACAAGGCGUCAGAGGCCAACCAAGGCUCCAGAAUCAUCCGUUCUGGAUGAAGAACAUCAAGUUUAUCAGCCCCCUCCAAACCGUGAAAGAACUUCUUUCAGAAGAAAUCCAACACGUGAUGCUCUUCCUCAAUCUAUACCCGUUAGAAACGAGGAAAAAACUCGAUUUUCCCCAACAACAGUCAAAGAAUUACCUCAUAUAACUACAGCAGCUCCAGAAGGACGGCCUCAAGGAAGAAGGCGUAGACCAAAGAAGAGGAGGAGACCUCAGGCGGCUGUUGCGAAGGCAACAGAAGGGCAAAAUUUGGAAGAUCCGUCAAGUGACAAAGUAUCUGAAUUAUUAGAUUCUGACCAGAAAAGGUCUCAGCCAUUCCAUGGAAGCACUGAAUCCCGAAGUGCUCCAACAAAUUUGGAUUCCGAUCCCAGUUAUCAAUUAGAUCCAACUCUUUGGGCUAAUAAUAAAUUUGAUGAAAGUAUUUCUAAUCCGACAGGAACAAACGCUGGUAGUUCUCAAUAUUACCCGCCAGAGCCAGCUACCAACAGACUGCCAGUGGAAGAUUCCGGUAGACCUGAAAAUAGUCAACGGUAUCCUCAGUCCUCCCCAGACCCCACAAAUACUAGAUACGUUCCACCACAGCCUGAAACUUCCAUACCAAACAGAGCAUCAUAUGUGCCAGUUCUUCCUCCUGUUAGGAACACAGCAGCGGAAAUCUCACAUUUACCUCACGAAGAUUAUUCAGAGGACAGAGGCAAAGAUGCCAUGCGGCAUACGAUAUCUCUAGAUCGCAGCAAUUCUCAAAGACCUCCUGCAGACAGAUCACCAUCCGAUCCAAGAGAUUUAAUAUGGAAUUCCGGAAUUAAACCAGCUCAGAAUGAUAUCCAUCCUAACAGUGAAUCUGCGGUGCCGACGCGAGGUCAUUCUGAUGUAAGAUUGCCACAGAAUGAGCAACCACUUCUUGCUCCAGAUUUAAAUAAAAAUUUUGAUUCGUCAGAAGAAGUGCUGCGCAACUUGCAGCACAAUGAAAGGCCUGAAGCAGAUGUGGACAGUCAAGAAAUCUCAAAUCCUACAAAUCGGCUCCCUAAUCCUUCUGUAACGCAUUACGAUUCAGUUUAUCCUUCAUAUACAGAUGAAAACUUGUCUAACAGGGAAGAAUCCAAUUUUGCACCUCACCGUAGACAAGAAACUGUACCUACGGCUACUAGAAACUCAGUGUCUUCCCGUAGUCAACCUCAGAUCGAUGAGUCGACAAGGCCAAAAGAUGACAUUAAUGAUGCAAAUAUUGGCGGUCGUCAGAUUUCUAGAUAUCAGCCACCUCUUCAAAGAGCUGGAUCAAGAUAUAGACCUGAAGAUUCAGAAAGAACAUCAAGCUCCAGAGAUCAAACGAAUCCAACAGACCAACCAGCAUAUAUAGCUACGAGAGGCCGUGGAUCGGUUAGACAGCAGUCAGGAAAUGCACUUUCAAAAUCGCGCGGUUCUUCUAGACAUCAAGCCGAGCGUUCAACAGAGACGCCAGUUAGAACAAGAAACACGCAGCCUCACGACUAUGAUCGGGCACCUACCCGAACGCGAGGUACACAACGGUACCAACCUGAUCCCACUGAGACUGGUUCAAGAGUCAGCUCUAGAAGACAACCCGUAAAUCUAAAUUCCGGAAGUGAUACUGUCCAUGCACCUGUUGCUCCUGCUCAUCGUCAAAGAUUACCUGUUCAUAGCGAUACUGUAGCUGAAGAUCAUCAGCCUGCAAGACCUAGCGUAAAUACGAGAUACGAGCCUUCGGCACUUACAUUACACGACGCAGGUGACCUGAAAGACACCCUGCGUUCAGAGCCUGAAUAUGAAAUCAGAGACUACAAUGCACAGCCACAUCUUGAAGAUGCCGGAAAUUUGCGAAGCCUUCUGCGUACAAGCCCUCAAGCUGAAGUCAGGAAUCACGAGCAGCCAUAUGUAGAAGAACCAGCAGAAGAACAUAACGACCGAAACAAAUACGUGCCUGAAUAUCACACGCCGAGGGUACGCACUAGGAAUGAAAAUUUCGAUCAGCAACGAAAUUCGCCAAGAGAACAACCCGAGCGUUCUCGCACGAAUCGUAAUCAGCAUACACCAAGUCAAUUACCUCAGUACCAAGAACCCCAGAAUCCUCGUGUUGAUCGUAGACAACAAACAGCCAGAACCCAAUCCCGUCAACAAUCCAGAUCAAGGCAUGAAGAACCCAUUCCACAAACAGUUCGAUCAUCGGGUGGUGCUAAGUUUUCGUGUCCCGAUCCAUUUGGUUUCUUUGCCGAUCCCAUACAAUGCGAUAAAUAUUAUGAAUGUCGAAAUGGUACUGCUGUAGAAAGCCUUUGCAAUGAUGGACUUGCUUUCAAUGAAAUCAGCGCUCCAAAAUAUUUGCGAUGUGAUUCUCUAAGAGAUGUGGAUUGCAGCUCUAGACCUCAACUUCAGGAAGCUCGGCCAACCAAAAACUGCCCAAGGCGCAACGGACUUUUUCCACACGAGACAGACUGUACGAAGUUCUGGAACUGUGUAGAUGGAACAGCAACUGAAGUCCAGUGUCCUCCUGGUCUAACAUACAGCGACGAAAGGGCCACUUGCGAUUGGGCAGAUCUUGUGAAGUCUUCUUGCAAAUCAGAAGAUUUAUUGGGUUUUACUUGUCCAGAGCCAACAGCUCAUGAUCUCCAAGAUGGCGUUUACAGCCGCUAUCCUCAUCCCAGCAACUGCCGGUUGCACUUCACUUGCAUCAAGGGAAAAGAUGGCUUACGAAGGCCUAGAAUGCUUUCAUGUACCGAAGGGCUUGUUUUCGAUCCUGUAAAGGGGUCGUGUAGCAGGCCGGAUGAAGUACCAGGAUGCGAAGACUUUUACGGAAGCCGUAGUCCACCACCGAAAAGGAAGCCUUCCAGGCAACCAGUUCCGGUUGAACCGGAAGAAGAACUGGAAGAAGUCGUCACUCCGAGACCAAGGCGAAGGGGCCAGAAUCGAAGAACAAGAAAUUGAAAAUGUCCAGUUCCUGCUAACUAAACGACGCAGAAAAGUUCCAUUUAGGGAAUUCAAUUAAAGUUUAUACACAGAAACAAUCAUCAAAAAUGCAUAAUGAAGAUUUUAUUCAACCAAAACAAUGUUCUGCAAUCUUAAAUAUGAGAAGAAUCCAAAGAAUUGGUAUUAUUGUAUAUCCUUCAUCAUUAUUUGAAUAAUUGUAUAAAUAUGCAUUAAAUUUUGAAUAUACAUAAAUUAUGAGUUAUAAAUUGAGUGAUAGUAGCCUCUUAAGUCAGUGACACAAAAAAAUUAAGAAAAUUCAAAGAAUUUCGCUUUCUGCCUAAGAAAAUAGAAGACAUUUUAACAGAUAAUAAAGAAUUAAGGUGUGUUACAGUUUUUAUAAACAUCAGUUUACACACUAAGCAAUAUUGAUUCAAAUAUUAUUUUUCUUAGGAAACUUAUUAACUCUGUAAUAAGAUUUAAAUGUGCUAAUUUCUAAAACAAUCUAUAACAAAAGAAAUGAUUUUGUAUUUAUAUAUUAUUGUUGAAUUUUAAAAGUAUUUUUAUUUUAAUUUUUUAUUUUGUAAGUUUUAAUAAAAAUCAGAAUGCCUUUUUGCUGAAUUUAUCUUUAUAAUGUUGUGCUGUGUUGCCAUUUUGUGAAUCAGAAAUAUAAAAAAUGUUUAAAUAUAUUUCAUUAAUUUAUCUGCUUUGUUCAUUUCGAAGCAGUCAUUUAUGAAGAAGUCCUGUAUGUUUAGCAUAGUAAUUUCUUAUAAAAAUGUCACCUUUUUUAUACAGAAUAUAUUUUGAAGAAAUUUGAAUGUUUUUUUAUUCGCGAAUCUCGUUACAGUGAACAUUCAGGUUGUUUUUAACCUUAUAAGAGGCUUAAAAGCAAUCGUUAGUGUUUUAAUAUAUGUUCUCUGUAAUAAAGCAUACAGUUUCUGACGUUGUAAAGUAUAUUUGAGAUGUGUGAUACCCAUAUUUUGUAACAGCUACGUGAAUAAAAAAAUUCAUUUUUCUUAUU